UCAGCAGAGGCAGAGCAGAGUGAGUGCUGAAACGUUACUGACCGGAGGUGCUCUCCUCUGAACGUCGGUCUCAUUUUCACGAUGAGUUUUAAUGUCAGCACACAGGGCGAACAGCUUUGGGGAAGACAGUGCCAGUCAUGCGCUGGCACCAUUUUUUGAACCCCCAAACACCGCAUUUUAGGGGCGACCACGGACAAAUCCCAUUUACAGGCAUCACCUCGCCAGGCGAUGGAGGUCCUCCGUUAAGGGCUUGGUGGGGGAACCAAACUCUGUCGGAAUUUCGCCAAAAUUACGACGGGAAUUAAGUACAGCUCCCUGUCUCCCGGCAACGGGAGAGACCACCUGCCGGUCGUGAUGUCUCGUGCGAAGGAGCGGCUGAAAGGCGGGAAUGAGACCAAGGACAGCGUCACUCUGCUGCCGUGCUUUUACUUUGUAGAGCUCCCUAUCCUGGCCUCCUCUGUUGUCAGCCUUUAUUUCCUGGAGCUAACGGAUAUUUUCCAGCCAGUGCAUUCUGGGUACAGUUGUAAUGACCGCAGUCUGUCUCUGCCCUACAUCCUGCCCAGACAGGAAGUCUGCCCACUGCCUCUGCUCUUCAGCUUGGCCUUCGCCGCUCCCACUGCCACGAUUCUUAUAGGAGAAGCCAUUCUGUACUGCUAUCUCUCCAGGAGGUCAUCAGCCACGCAGACUGAGGCCAACAUCAACGCUGCAGGCUGUAAUUUCAACUCCUACAUCCGCAGGGCCGUCCGCUUCAUAGGUGUGCAUAUCUUUGGCCUGUGUGUGACAGCACUGAUAACUGAUAUUCUCCAACUGUCCACUGGUCAACACACACCCUACUGGUUGGAUGUGUGUAAACCCAACUUGACCCACAUUAACAUGUCCACUUGCGAUGAAGCUUUUAUUCUGGAGGACAUCUGCUCUGGACAAGACACUGGGCUCAUCAAUGCUGGGAGGAAGUCGUUUCCCUCCCAGCAUGCAACUCUGGCUGCCUUUGCUGCUGUCUACAUCUCAAUGUACUUCAACACGGUGCUGACAGACUCUGCCAAGCUGCUGAAGCCUCUCCUGGUGUUCUCCUUCGUCAUGCUGGCCAUCCUGGCCGGGCUGACCCGGAUCAUCCAGUUCAGAAACCAUCCUGUCGAUGUCUACUGUGGAUGGUUACUGGGAGCUGCCAUUGCCUUUUAUCUGGGUGUGUAUGCAGUGGGGAACUUCCAGCCCAGUGAGGAUCGGUCCAGAAUUCGAGCACCCACCCCCACCCUGAGAGAGCCCCCCCUCUCCUCCUUACCCAAUGUCAGCCAAUCAGCAAUUAGCAACAGCCACCAAGGUCACCACACUCUGGCUCCCAGCCAACCAGAGCCCAUCAUCACCAGGACCUCUUCCCACACUUUGUCCCCCAACCGACCACAGCCCAUGCUGACGCGAAGUGCCUCCUACCGAGAGCCGUCUAUGUCCAAUUUGAAAAGAGCCAGUGCUGAGGUGGAGGUGAUAACCCCAUCCAGUCCCCUGGGCAACCAUGACAACAUGAUGACCUUCAGCAGCAGCACACUGCCAAGGUCCCACGGAGGCUCCUCAUUGGAGGAGGGUCGCAUUCCACGCCGUCACGCCUCCAUCCAUGCAUCAAUGGACUCAACCCGAUCCAAACAGCUGCUCAGCCAGUGGAAGAAUAAAAACGACAAUAGGAAACUGUCCCUGCAGGUGAUGGAUGGAAUAAGACCAGCCUCCUCCUCAUCUCCUCAGAGGAACAUGGAGCUGCGCUGCUCCUCUGAACCUUCUGCCAUGGGCCUGGAGGCAGAGCUCCGAGGUGGAAUACACCUGCCUUCACUUAUCGCUUGUCAGGAAACAGAGCUGCGUGCUGGGGCUCACAUUCCCGUUCAAUACAUGAAACUAGCAGCAAGCUCUGUUCCUAUGGCCAAUCAUAAUCACCAGACCCAUAAUGGCAGCAGCGGAAUGGCUGGUGGGGCCAGAGUGUCUAUCCAAUCCCGGCCUGGAUCCUCCCAGCUGGUUCACAUUCCUGAGGAGGAAAACCUUACCAGCAGGGAUCAGGAGAGUGAAUCAGAGGACAGCAUUAUGGAUGGAGGUGGGUCAGUGAGGGAAAAGUGGCUGAGAGUGACUGAGAAGACCACCAUCCCCUGCAGGCCGCUCAGUGCUGGAGGACAGCCUCGUCUUAUGCAGGUGAUAGCCUUAUCCAAACAGCAGGGUCUGCUACACUCUCCUCGGUCGGAGGAUGGUGGAUCCAUUCGGUACCGAGCCUUGACAGACCAGGACCCAUCACCACCAGCCUCUACCACAGGAGCAGUGGGAGGAGGAGGAGGUUUGGAAAGAAGUGGCAGCAUAGUCCGUGUUGAAGCCCACCCAGAGUCCAGAUCAAACAAACCUGUGGUGAAACCUCCAAGCACCGACGGAAGUGGCUCCUGGCGAUGGAAACCACCAGAACAACGAGCCUCGCUCCGGCAGUCAGCUUUCACCCUCAACGAUCUGAACAGACACACUGACAGCUGUGAUUCACUGAGGGAUGGAGGGUCAGUGGAUGGGCGGAGGAGCGUGGCAGGAACUGAAAGUGAGAGUGAAGCGGGAGGAGAUGGAGGAGGAGACGGAGGGGGAGGAGGAGACGGAGGGGGCGUGGGAGGAGGGGUAUACACAAACCAUCCACAUGUUGUACACCCUUUACAUCCUUUACAUCCCAAUAACCCCAACAACUUCCAGCACCCCAAUUUUAACCCCAACAAUCCCAACUAUAAUAACAUUCACUUUAACUUCAACCCCAACUCUGCCAAUUUCAACCCCAACUCUGCCAACUUUAACCCCAACUCUACCAACUUCAACCCCAACUCUGCCAACUUCAACCCCAACUCUGCCAACUUCAACCCCAACUCUGCAAACUUCAACCCCAACUCUACCAACCCACACAUGCCAUUCACCCCCACUGUCACCUUUGCUCCUCCCUUCCACCCCCACCCGCAGGCCAUCACCACCAUCAGGGUCACCCCGGUGGAGGGGACGGCUGCCAGCAGCGACGGUGGCUCAGACUGCCAGUCGGUUACCUCGUCCAGCCGUGAGUCCACCCUGAGGAGGAAGAGUGGCUCCCACAUCGGCCAUGUCCCAGAUCGAGGGCCCACCCCAGAUCUCCACAACAACCACCGCCUCUGUGAUGACAGUAACCGCCUCGACAACGAAAGCAGCAACCGUUUCCACGAAAACCUUCGAAGUUUUCAAGAAAACCCCAUCCACCUUAACCAUCCAAGCAGGCAGAUGCAGGGGAUGUUUGUUCGUCCUAGCCCAACGCCUCCCCCUACCUUACCCCGCCCCAUCCUGACUCACACUCCGCCUCCUACUCUGGGGUUGGCCUAUAAAGAAUGACAUGCUCAGUGUAAAAUAAUCCAUCUAUACCUGUGAUUAAAUGUCCUACUUGACCAGGACAAAAUGUCAAUGGAGAUGCUGCAUGGGCCAUUCCGAACUUCAGUUCGGACCAAAUAUUAAAGGAAAUUUGGUUAAAUCUGUCCACAAAAAAGUGCUAGUCCCAUCCACAACCUUUUACCUGUCCAAUUAGGGCACAAUAUAUAGCCAAUUAUGUCCCCCUCCCCUCCUCCCCCCAACAACCCAGCUGGUUUAGUAUCCAACUAAAUAAAUGUUAUGUCUUACUAGGAGACAUACUGUAAGCUUUUUUUAAAACAAUUAGCAAGAGGUUCACAAUCCUUUUUCGGUCAAAAGCUAUAGAGAGUAUUAACACAAUUAGCCAUGCCUACAAGCUCCAACUGGCCAAUAAGAAAUUACUAUAGUGAGGGCCCACGUUUAGAGUAGUGAGUUUGAUUCAACAUUUUUCCUUGUGUUUUUUCUGGAUACACAGUUUUUCGUAAAUGUAAUGCUUGAGUGAAUUUGCUUCAUAGGCACAAGGAUAAUGAGCUUAAUAAACUGCUGACCAUUUGACUCACUCAGAAGGAGCGACUCCAUCCUCCUUGCUUUGUCCCAUACCUCCCUGCCAGCAAGGCUGGAUUCAGCCUAAUGACUCUGCCCCCCUAUCCUCUGACUGCUAGAUCAGCUGUCCAUGGGAUAACAAUCUUUCCACAACAUGUAUACAUACAGUAUAUUGUCAGCUCUAAUGCUUCUGUCAAACACAGGUAACAAUAUCAAUAUAUAUAUAACUUAACUAUGUAACCACAUGCCAUUAGAUGGACGUUUGCAUUCAAAGUCCAUAACUGUGCUGUGUUUGUAUAUAGGAAUGUGAGUGGCCACAGUGGAAAUUAAACCCACAGUCUUUAUUGCGUCUGGGCUACACACUGGGCAAUAACAGUAUCUCUUAGGUCAUGGUGGUAUUGUGUUUGUGUUGGAUAAGAACAAUAUCAUGGGACUUUGUGUUUAAAUAUAGUGCUCUAUUUUUUACCUGUUGUGUUUUAAUUAUGUGCAGUAUAUGAAUAUGAUUCUGACUGUGUAGUUGCUGUACUGUACACUGGCACAUACAGCAUUUGAGCCAUCUGAACAAACUUAGACCAUACACAAGUCCAAAGACUGAAGGAAGUCAAGUUUUUUCUUUUCUUUGUUUGGUUUAUUUUAUCAGCUUAUCAUGUCUCCCAGUAUUAAAGUGAUGGUUUGGAGUAAUUCACCCUAGGGUC